AUGGCAACGAGAGUUGAACUGCGCGGCAUUUCUGUUGUGGGCAGUAAUCCCGCGCCUUUUAGCGAUCCCAUUGUACUGAAAGUCUUAUUGGAGGUAUUUGAGAAACCGCCUGUCCAAGCAAUAGAUGUUAAGUUCACCUGGAAGUUGAUUUGGGACUUUCCGGUGGAUCAGGAACUUGACGAGUUUGAGGUUGGGCCACUCACUACGCUCGGGGUGCAUGAACUGACGCUUCAAAGCGACCCUCCGGACUUCUCAAAGAUUCCCGAUCCGACUGGACCAACCGCCUUGAUCAUCUCCUUCACGUACGAGGGAAGGGAGUUCCUUCAUAUCGGCUACAAUGCCGUGGUGACCUGCGAGGGUGAGAUGCCCGAUGUGUUUGAGAGUGCGGAGCAAUUGAGGCGCCAUCUCACACAGUGUUUUCCAAAGCAACUGUCUAUUGUGUGGGAUGAGAGACCCGCAGAUGCCGUGGAGGAUCCCAGCGAUGACGACAGCAGGAGCUGCGACGUCGAUAAGGCUGAGGAAUGUGCGGGUGAGGGGGAUAUGGACGGCGAGCGCGCCUCUGACAGUGGGGACGGGGCACCGCCACUCAAGAGGGUUAAAACGUAA